AUGGUCCAGGACACCACUGGAGAAGGUGCAGUUCCGCCGACGGUCUCUCUAAUGGUCCAGGACACCACUGGAGAAGGUGCAGUUCCGACGACGGUCUCUCUAAUGGUCCAGGACACCACUGGAGAAGGUGCAGUUCCAACGUUGUGGUCAAACGUGCGGUUGAAUACAGCUGCUGCUAUCUUCGCACGAUGCGGGAGCUCAAUAUCACACAGACACCUGCGUGCUGCCAGUAAACAAGGGCACGUCUGCUGUGAUGCCGAAGCAAAGUACACUGGUUACGGUAAUUAG